AUGGACCCAACAUCUCCUUCCAGAUGGACUGCCUAUCUUCAGAUAUUAGCUGGUCACUUGAUGAUCUUUGAUACCUUUGGCUAUAUUGGAUCUUGGGGCCUCUUUCAAUCCUAUUACAUUUCUACCUUGGGCCGCUCGCAGUCAGACAUAUCUUGGAUUGGAAGCAUUCAACUCUUACUCGUCUUUUUCGUCGGUACCUUCUCGGGGCGCAGCCUUGAUGCAGGAUAUCUCCGUAUCACGUUAGCCAUAGGAUGCGCCCUCCAAAUCCUGGGGAUAUUCGCUGCGGCUUCUGCCACCACGUACUGGCAACUUUUGCUGGCGCAAGGCAUCUGCGUAGGUCUUGGAGAUGGACUCAUCUUUUGUCCCAUGAUCUCUCUCAUCAGCACAUACUACGAUGACAAGAACAGAGCAUUGGCCGUUUCCUUUGCUGCCGCUGGCGCUGCCACAGGUGGAAUGGUGUUUCCAGCCAUUGCUAAGCAGCUACUCCCGCGUCUUGGAGAACCUUGGUCGGUGCGAGUGAUGGGAUUUGUGUUUGUAUUCAACUCGGCAAUUACUCUGCUCGUCGUGAAGCCAAGAGUGGCGGCAAGAAAGUCCGGCUCUCUUGUUGAAUGGACGGCCUUCAAAGAGCUUCCUUACUCACUCUACGCUAUUGGCAUCUUCUUAACCCUCUGGGGUCUCUACUUUGCCUAUUACUAUAUUUCAAUAUUCGGCUCCCACGUCAUCCACGUUCCACCCGCCCAGUCUUUUUACCUCAUCAUCGCCAUCAACGGUAUCGGAAUUCCAGGACGCAUCUUCCCAGCCUGGCUCGCAGCCCGCGUCAUCGGCAAUGCACUACAUGUGUUGAUCCCUCUUACAUUUGGUGCAGGAGUGCUUUUGUACUUCUGGAGGCUGGUACACUCAUACUCGGGCCUCUUGGCAUGGAUCAUUGUCUACGGUUUCUUUGCAAACGCCGUGCAGAGCCUCUUUGUGGGUAGCGUGGGCAGUUUGACCAAGGACCGCCAAAAGAUGGGCGUCCGGGUUGGUAUGAUUUUCACCAUUGUCAGCUUUGCUUGUCUCACUGGUCCGCCUAUAGCCGGUGCACUGAUUGACCUUGGCGAUGGCGAUUUCCUCUACGCUCAGAUCUUUGGUGGAACCGCUGUAGUCCUUGGAUCAUGCGUUCUCACAGUGGCUGCUAUCGCGAGUAGUCGCGAAACCAAUUGGGAUGCAAAGAAGUAG